CUCACGCUCCAUGACCUAUGGCAAUGAGUCGGGACCGUAUACGAGUAGCUUGAACGACAACGUUUUCCCUCUUUUUUCCUCUUCCAGUUCAAGACAUAACCUCAUUUCACAACCGCCUCUCCUGUGCUCCACGGCACUGAACGACGGAUUUCAAGACGCCUCUCACCGUUUCAGAGAGAAGAUCUUUUGGCUACCAAAGGAAAAUCAAAGCAUUUGCAGAGAGCUAAGUAGAACAAGGAGAAGAUGUUGAGAGUUGCAGCGAGGAGGCUUUCUUCUUUCUGUUCCACGCAGCCAUCGUGGAGGCCCAACCAGGCUGCCUCAGCAAUCGUGUCGCGGAAUCCGACCAACGGCGGUAUUCAAGAAGAUAAUUAAAGUACUUAUCAUUUUUGCUAAACAGCAGUCAGCAGCACUUGAAAUGCCACAAUAUAGUCUGUGCCCCCAUCAAUAUUGCAUAAUGGAGGCCAAGAUAUUGAUGGUCUUUGAAAAUUUGAUAGGGGGCCAUUCAUUGUUGGGAGGUCUUGGCAACAACUUUUCUGGCUUGUUGGACUCAUCACAUCAGAUGACAUGCAGUUUUUUUAUGUCUCAGCAACAUAGGACUUUCAUCCAAAUGAGGACAGUUCUCAAAGUUGUGGACAAUUCAGGUGCAAAGAAGGUGAUGUGCAUACAGGCUCUGAAGGGGAAGAAAGGGGCAAGAUUAGGAGACACGAUAGUAGCUUCGGUAAAGGAAGCUAUGCCAAAUGGAAAAGUGAAGAAAGGAAAGGUUGUGUAUGGUGUAGUAGUGCGUGCUGCCAUGCAACGGGGACGUUGUGAUGGUAGUGAGGUUAAGUUUGAUGACAACGCUGUUGUACUGGUGGAUAAGCAAGGUCAGCCAAUUGGGACUAGAGUGUUUGGGCCAGUCCCGCAUGAGCUAAGGAAGAAAAAGCAUGUCAAGAUCCUUACUCUGGCAGAGCAUAUUGCCUGAGGUAUUGGAUAUAUUGUUCUGAAAAUUUUGAAAUUUGUGGUCUUUCCUGUGCUAUGGACUUUCGAUUGUAUCGUUGAGGGGCAAACUUUGAGGAAAAGAAUCAAAAUGUUGUAGGCUUUGUUGAAUAGUUAAACAUAUUUCUUUUGAAAUCUGCAAAUCUAUUGCAUGCAUUACUGGUUUGAACUA